UUACUCCACAGAGAGUUUAGGACCAUGGAGGGAACCGGCACAGGAUUGACUAUGUCCACUUGCUUUCCUCCCCUGAAACUAUGAGAAACUUGUUAAUUAUUACAGUUCAUAACAACAAUUAUCAAGCAGUCUCGACAUGGAGCUAUGAUGGUAUUUACGUAUUCAGCAAAUCGUGCUGUGGAGUUUUCUUCUGCCAAACUGGAAUAACACACACUCCGUAAUAGACAGUGCAGCAGACAGAGACAGAAAGAAAAGACUACAUACUUGACAGACAACAUGUCCACCAGUCCCAUCAGUCAACCCUGCAAGCAGGAGAGGAAAGGCAGUUUCUUCAAGCUGAUCGACUCAUUUGCCUCGGAAAUUGGUACUUUGAAGAAGGAGAUGGGAAAAAAGACUGAGCCAGCUGAAGGAGACCACAAGACAGAUACACUUCUUGGGCUGGGUGAAGAGGUGGGAGGUCUCUUCCUGCAGGCUUCACCCUGUCCUGGGAUCGGGACAGGGUCAGCCGGAGCCAGAGAUUCGGGCUAUGACUCCCUCCAUCGGCGGCUCAGUGUUUUGGACAGACUGGUGAAUACACAUGCUGUGUGGCUACAGCUGGGCCUCAACCACCAGGAUGCCACCCGUAUACUACAGAGCCAACCCACAGGGACAUUUGUGGUGAGGAAGUCAACCAGCCUGCAGAGAAAGGUCAUCUCUCUACGCAUGGACAAAGACUCUGUGACUCCUGUCAAAGACUUCCCUGUCAGGGAGAGCCAGUACACUUUCUCUUUGGAGGGAUCAGGCCUAAGCUUUGCAGACUUGUUUCGUUUGGUGGCUUUCUGCUGCAUCAGCAGGGAUGUGUUGCCCUUCACUCUGAAGCUCCCAGAGGCCAUCGCCUCAGCCAGAACAUCUGCUGAUCUUGAGGAGGUUGCUAAACUUGGAGCAGGCUUCUGGGACGCUCAGUUGUGCCGCAGUAGGAAGGGUUCAGCCUCAUUGUCAGGAACAGCUGCUCCUGACAGGCCACCCCCCCCUACCCAGAGACCUGUCUCCGUGGCAACAACCCCAGCGCGCUCCCGGCUUCGAACUCGCACUCCAUCUGAGCUUGAGUGUUGCCAAUCCAACGGAGCACUUUGUUUCAUCAACCCCCUCUUCAUAAAGGUUCACCAACCAAACAGCGACCAGAGCACCAACUCCAAUCCUUCUAGCACAGCAAAGGAGGGCCUGAGGGAGGAAUCCCUUGGCAACAGCAGCAGCCCAGAAACCAACAAGUACACUCAGCACUCUUGUGACGACAGUCCUGAGGUCUGUAGCUCAGAGCUCAGUGACAGCAACCAGUCAAGUCAAAGCAACCUGCAGAGAAACACAGAGCUCCAAGACAAUAACAGCCAAAACCGCAGCAGCCAGAAGCAAAGUGGUACAGACAGUGUGUCACGGUCCCCACCCCCCCGUCCUCCCCCACCUCGCUUAGGGCCACAACGCUCUGCCCCUCCUCUCCGACAGCGCAGCAUGCCAGAGAAGAUCUCCUGGAUCAAUGUCUCUAAGGAGAAGGUGGAGGAGAGGGAAAGGGGCAGCAGCCUCCUUUCUCGUCUGGGCUCCUCACUAAGCAUCAGCCCCUCAUCCUCUCCCCCCAAGAGAUUCAGCAUCAGCUCUCCCAUAUCCAUCCCCCGGCCCUCCAUGCCCAUCUCUCUAUCAUCUCUGUCCUCCUCUCCACGCCGGGCCAAAGCCUCACCAUCAUCCAGCCAGGAGGAUGCCCAGUGCCACCUGGCACUGGAGGACAAGACUAUUGAGGAGGCCCUCAGUAGGGCCAAACUGUUUCAGCAGAAUGCGACCACAACCACCGCCCAACACUCCUGCAGUCCUCCAGACCAUUCCCCGAUGACAACCAGCAAGCAAGCAGAGGUGCGAGGAGCAGAAGAAGAAGCAGGAGUGGAAUGCAGUGGGGGCGGACAGCGACUGAGUGACAUGAGCCUUUCCACAGAUUCCUCAGACUCUCUUGAUUUCUCUCAGUCCUCUGCUUUCUUCCUUCCUCCUCUGCAUGACCCCAACCCCCCCACUGUAGCUGACUUUAACACCCACCUCCCUCUCUCCCUCCCCCCACGCCACCUGCCUUACAGCAGCAUGGAGGAAGACGACGAUGAUGAAGAUGACGAGGAUGAAGAAGAGCCUGACUAUGGUGUCAGCCUGGAGAGUGACCAGGACCAAGACCAGGACCUGACCAUGGUGCCGCCGGGGCACCGCACAAAGCGUCGCCCCAGUGCCAGUGCUUUGGUCCUCCAGAAGGCCCUGCGAGGGCACCUGCGCAAAAUGAGUGGCGUUUUCAAUUCACUGCUGACACCCGAGAAGAGGGCGAUCCGCAGGGUGCUGGAGCUGUCCAGGGAUAAAGGCUCAUACUUUGGCUGCCUGGUGCAGGACUACCUGAGCUACAUGGGUGAGGCUGCAGGCACCCAGGCUUGGCAGGGCUAUGCCUCUGGAUUGGAGCUGCUGCAGACUCUUCGCCAGUUUAUCACCCAGAUGAAGAGCUACCUGCGACAGAGCUCUGAGCUGGAGCCGCCAAUCGAGAGCCUUAUCCCUGAAGACCAGAUUGAUGGAGUCCUGGAGAAGGCCAUGCACAAGUGUGUCCUGAAGCCCCUCAAGCCGGUGGUGAGUGUGGCCCUGAAGGAGUUCCAGGUACGCAGCGGGGAGUGGCAGGAGCUGAAGGAGAACCUGUCGCUGGCGAAGGCUCGGCAGCCGCAGGAAAUGGGCGUAGCUGACACGCUGCCCCCCGACCCCAUGGCCAUAGAGAAGAUCAGGCACAAGUUCCACACCAUGUGUAAGCUGUACUCACCUGAGAAGAAGGUCUCCAUGCUGCUGAGAGUCUGCAAACUCAUCUACACCAUCAUGGAGGACAAUUCAGGUCGUCUGUACGGUGCUGAUGAUUUCCUGCCCAUGCUGACCUACGUGUUGGCCCAGUGCGACAUGCCUCAAUUGGACAAUGAGAUACUUUACAUGAUGGAGCUCCUGGACCCCUCGCUGCUCCAUGGAGAGGGUGGUUACUACCUGACUAGUGCCUACGGAGCAAUGUCCCUGAUCAGAAACUUCCAGGAGGAGCAGGCAGCCAGGGUGCUGAGCUCUGAAACCAGGGAUACACUCCACCAGUGGCACCGCCGACGCACCACCCAGCGCUCUGCACCGUCUUUUGAUGACUUCCAGAACUAUCUGCGGGUGGCACUGCAGGAGCUGGACAGCGGCUGUACGGCUAAGACUUUGCAGGUCCGACCUUACGCCACCGUGGAGGAGGUGUGCCAGCUGUGCGCUCGCAAGUUCAGAGUGUCGGACCCAGAGAACUACGGCCUGUUCCUGCUGACAGAGGGCAGCAGCCAGCAGCUGGCUCCAGACACCCACCCUCAGAAGAUCAAGGCCGAGCUCCACAGCCGCCAGCAGGGUGCUCCCUUCCACUUUGUCUUCCGCCGCAUGGCCAACAGUGACUCCUCAUCAUCAGCUCACCUUGAUCCUGCACCCAACCUCAACAACCUCACUGUGACCUCUGACCCCCAGGCCAACCUAGAUGACUUCAGCACAGACCCGUCAACCCCCCCUUCCCAGCCCAGCCUCAGCCUGGGCCUCAGCCCAACUCUAAGCCUCAGCCUGCCGCCAAGCAACCUCAAUGGAAACUCCAUAUCUAUAUGACUCAAGGGUUAGGAAGUCUGAGCGGGGUUUGUGACAGUAUUGCCCAUUAUCUCUAACAAACAUGGCUCCAUGAGACCUACAGUAAACAGGCCGGCAUGUUGAAGAGAGCUGGGCUGUGUCGGGUUCAAUGCUGUGCCGUGCCAGUCUUUACAAAGCCUGACUUCUCCUUUUGAAUGACACGUCUGUCUCAGUCAACAUCCCCUCUGUGGAAAGUUUUGUCUGACAGACACGGGUGAAAGAGGAAAGGAGGAAAGGAGGGAAGGAAAUGACAAAGAUGGAGUUUGUUUUUAAUUCCUUGGCUCUAUUUGUGAUCUGAUGUAGAUUUGGAAUCAGAGCAACACUUUCUCCAACGCAGAUCUCAAAGUCUAAACACAUAGUUAAGGUAGAGAUACUGGAGUUAAUGUAAAGUGUUAAAAACCUUGUGGAUGCUGAAAUGUGUUGACAGUCCUGCCAUAAUGCUGGUGCUUCAGGGUCAGCUGUUGUUGUUGCUACCUUUAGAUUACAUAGAGGGAAAUCAGAUCUCAGAUACCUGUGAGACUAAUCUUCCAUCAAUCACUUUAAAUAUACAACAGAUAGUUUAUUUAGGUGAUACUGUAGUACUAUGAUUUACUUGUUGCAGUUGCUGGUAAACUGUUAUUUUGUUGUUUGAGUUGAAAUUGUUAAACCUUUAGAUUGUUUGUUUUGAUGGAUUUGGCGACACCCAGUGGUGGCUGCUGUGCAUAUCUUAUAUGCACGUAUAUUUCUGUAAUAUUUUCCCAUUGCUCCAUUUGAAACAUUAAAAGGCAGAUAGGAAGAACUUAGCUGAAGAGCUACAACCACAAACACCAGCAAAAACCCUGAAAAAAAACUCUAUAUUGUAAAGAAACUAAACAAAAACUAUAAUGUACAGUAGAACGGUAGAUUUCCAAAUGUGUUUGCCUGCGUGCCUCAUCGUCAAAAACUAACAGCGCUUCCUUUUCUGUACUAACUCCCAUGGGAAGUUGUUUUUUUUGGUUUUUUUUAUCACAUCUAUGCUGUGGCUACUGGUUCGUGGCUCAUUAGCCACCAGUUUAUGAGUCCCAGCCACUGGCUUUUACCUUUUGCUUUCAAAGUGAAGCAUUUCCUGUGUAAAAAGUUGCAUAUUUGCUGGCAGCAUUCCCAAUGCAAGUUUGAAUAUGAACAAGUGCUAACAUACCAGUAAAUACAUCAAGUUAGAGCUGCAGUGACUAGUUGAUUUUGAUAAUCGAUCAACCAGUAAGUCAUUUUAAGUAAUUUUACAAGCAAACAUUUGAUGUGUCUAGGUUCUCAAAUGUAAGAAUUUGCAGCUUUUCUUAUUCUAACAUUAAAGUAAACUGUAUACCUUUAGUUUUUGGAUUGUUGGUCUGACAAAACAAGAUAUUUCAAGAUGUGACAUUGGGCUUUAUGAAAUUGUGAUGGGCAUUUUUCACUGAUCUGUUGUUUCAUAGACCAAUCGAUUAGUUGAUUAAUCGAGAAUAUAAUGGGCAGAUGAAUCAAUGAUGAAAAUAAUCAGCAGUUGCAGCCCUACAUUGAAUGGCUAUUGCAAGUAAAUGUUGGUGAGUAACAGUAUGAAAUAUGGUAUCUCAAGGAUUAACAAUUGUUGGUCAAAUAUUGUUGCAGCAUGUAGUUUGUGUUUAAUUGUAAUGUUAGAAACAGGCAAAUCUGCCAGUGUUGAAAAUAGUAACAUUCAUUUAUAUAUUUACUUAUUAUCCUGGAGAUAUGAGAGAUAUUGUAGAUAUUGUGUAAGGGCUUAUUUCCUAUUCAGAUUGACAAAACGUGACACAGGAACAACUGGAUCCUGUGGCUGGCUGCCAUAUUACAGUUUCAAUAAAGUCUCUGUACUACUGACUAAUAUGAAAGGUUUUUAUCCUGGUGAGAAAAAAAGUUGUGGCCAUUUAUAUAAAAAAUGUGUGGACCUCUUAGCUGGUCUGAGGUCACGCACAGUGAAACAUGCUGUAUGGCUCUUUGUGGAUCUUGUAGAUAUGUUGAAAGACAGAGGUAUGUAAGGAGACAUUGAACAGGACGGGGAAUAUUACAAUACAGACGUCUACAUCAGUAUUGAGCUUGGUACUGUCAGUCAAUAAAAUACUUGAAAUUUGACAUUUUCUCAUGAAUUUUAAAGGUUCCAGUUGUUGGAAAAUUUAAUUCAAAUACUGUUUAUUUACUGAAUGAGUUGAAAUGUAACACUCUGUUCAUUCCUGUUUUACAUCGACAUGUAAUGUAAAUGUUUGAGGUGUCGUUAGCAGAGAGAUGAGAGAAAAGUGAAAGGCUGAAGGAAACUUGAGAGCUUCUGGAUGGCAGUCAUGUAUCAUCCUGUAUAUAACCUGUACCUAGCUCACCAUGUAUAACCUCUUGGGGCCAAGUGUUCAAAGUUUGAAUUUACUCAUACUGCCAUAUUAUUGGUAAUCUAACUGUCUUUGAUAAAGCAAAAUGAGUAUUUAUAUGUAUCUGUGCGGGGAUUUUUCACAGAUGGCUUUUCCAUGUCUGUAAUAUUCUUUAUGGUGUCAACAUGUCAUGUGCAUCCUUCUUAUUAUUUGCCAUUGAAUGAUAUCAUAAAUAUUCUUUUGCACUUAAUAAAUGUUGGAAACAGAAUUACA